UUCUGUUUACUGUAUUAAUAUAGAGGGAGGAGGGAUACUGUUAGUAUUAAGAAAAAUUCUUUGUCUGUAUAUUUGAGUUGGUUAUGCCAUGUAUGUGCUUUGGCAACACAAUUAUUUUUAUUGUCAUGCCAAUAAAGCCAAUUUGAAUUUGAAUUUGAAUUUGAAUUUGAAUUUGAGAGAGAGAGAGAGAGAGAGAGAGAGAGAGAGAGAGAGAGAGAGAGAGAGAGAGAGAGAGAGAGAGAGGGGUGGACCCCAGAGAUAGUGGAAGAGCAAAACUCAACUGAAAUGUAAGGGACUUCAAAAUCAGAUAAAAGCGUCGCUUCAUUAACCUAUUUCUCGGCGCUGCUUUUUCACUGUUGCUUGAAAAAAGGCACAACUCUUACUCUCCGAAAAAAAAGAAAGAAAGAGGAAGAAAAGACUGCUUCCCCACACGUUCGUGCUGCUGACAGCAAUGAGUUUAUCACAGCACAAAGACGCUUCUCAAUAUUAACCCGUGCAAAAGACUUGGUGUUAUUUCCCUUUUUUUUUCAACUUUUUAAAAAUAAGACCUGGAUUCUUCAGUCAUGGAUGGAUAUACCUCUUUAAACAACACUACUUCAGGCCUCUGUUUCUCCACCAGGUUUCCUCCCAUAGUCAGAUUGAACAAUACCAUCACUUCCCAUUUGUUCUCCACCAUCUUCUCCGGCCUCGGCCUCACCUCCAACUUCUUUGCUUUCUGCGUGCUCCUGGGAGCCUACCGGAGAACCCAGAGCCGCUCUCGCUCCUCCUUCCUCAUCUUCCUCUGCGGCCUGGUGGUCACUGAUUUUGCCGGUCUGCUGGUGACAGGCUCCAUUGUCCUCACCUACCAUUACAAUGAAUUCAUCUGGGAAGAGGUGGAUCCCAACUGCCACCUUUGCAACUUCAUGGGCUUGUCCAUGGUCUUCUUUGGGCUUUGUCCAUUGCUGUUGGGAGCCACCAUGGCCAUCGAGCGGUUCAUGGGGAUUAACAGACCCUUCUCCAGGUCCUCCAACAUGUCCAAACGGCGGGCCUUGUGCACCGUGCUUUUGGUCCUGGCGUUUGCUUGCUUCAUCGGGAUCUUGCCCAUCAUGGGUUUGGGCCACUACAAGCUGCAGUACCCAAAGUCCUGGUGUUUUUUCAGCAUCACACCAGAGCCUGUGGACCAGGUGUUCUCCUUGAUCUUCUCCCUGGUGGGGCUGCUCUCCAUCGUCGUGUCCAUCCUCCUCAACACCGUCAGCGUGGUGACGCUCUUCAAGGUGUGCUGCGAUCGGGAGUCCGUGCAGCGCAGGAGGGACCACGAGGUGGAGAUGAUGGUCCAGCUGUUGGGCAUUAUGGUCAUCGCUUCAGUCUGCUGGUGUCCACUAUUGAUCUUCGUUGCCCAAACAGCAGCGUCGAACAAGUCGACGGUUUCCAACAAGACAAUGCAGGUGAACCUUCUGAUCUACAUCCGGCUCGUCACCUGGAACCAGAUCCUCGACCCCUGGGUGUACAUCCUGUUUCGGAGGGCUGUCCUGAGGAGGGUGUACCCCGAUCUGGGAAGGACCCGGGCCUCCAUCAUGAGCAUGUACCCCAUGAUGACCACGUCGCUGCGGAGAAAGCUGACACGCGUGGAGUCCAUGCGUCCCUGAGGGAGCAGGUCUCAAACAAAGCACUAUGGACAAGCGUGACGGUGAUCUUACCAAAACGGGCCGAGAAAACCGUCCAGCUGAAGCCCCUGGCAUCAUCAAAGUGUAACGCUUUUCUGCUUCUGUGAAUACGUUCCAUCAAAUGAACAAUAACCUCUGUGCAUCAGUACAAGCGCCCAGAACCUAUUGAAAUGAUACUGUGAAGGAACAUGCCGUAAAUGCAUAAGUAACAAAGGCUUUAGCUGAUUACAUAUGAAGCCUGUCUGUCUGCCUUAAAGAAAGAUCCCUCCGUGUGUGGUAAAGUUAAUUGGAAUUCAUACUCGUUAAACCCUGCAAUUAGGGACGGGAGCACCACUGUGCUGGUGUAGUAUGGGUUACAGAACUGGGUCUGGGCAGCAGAAAUUCUUUAGUUAACUGCAGUAACUCUGGAGGGGAAUGCUGAACAACAUGUGGGGGAAACCACUUGUGAUAGUUAGUUUAAAGUAUUGCAGGCAAUUGGAUUAGUGGAUAGGAAAUUACCUCCACCGUAUGUGAGUUUGGAUACAUAAUGAUUGUAUCAAUCAAAGAUGUGAAAUUCCCUGAUGUACAGCGGUAAAGGGUUAGGCUAUUGUUUUGUUUUGUUUUUUUUGUGAAAUAAAAGCGACACUGCAGUUCACCAGUGAAUGUCAAGAGCAGCCACAUAACCACAAUCGUAAAAACCUGCGAGAUCCAUUUUUCAAAUGAAGAACAAGAAAAAUCGACAUGCGUCCUUAUUGCUGCCUUGUGUUGUAAAUACUCUUUGUGGAGACACGGUGUCCUGGCUUUUUCUUCUAGAUGGACAUCUGUUUCUGAUUUGAUGUUGUUUCGUAUUCCUUGUAUACAAAGACAGUGUUGAUAUGUAUUAAGAAACAAAUGGCAUUUCUGUGUAGGUUGAUCCCAUAUAUCAUGAGUCUCAAACCCUGGUCCUGGAGAGCUACAGGGUCUUCUGGUUUACAUUUCAACCGAGCUCUCAGUUACUGUAAAGACAGCUAGCAAACCUGCAGGAUUGGGGCUCUCCAGGACCUGGGUUGGGGACCCCUGCCAUAUAUACUUAAACACACGACAUAUAAAGAAAACAAAUUGCUGGUAUAAUUUGUUAUUAUUAAAAAAAACAUUUUUUUUUUACAAAUAAACCCAGUUUGUAUGAAUAAAA